AUGACAAUCAUUCCGUUCUGUUAUAUAAACAUAAUAACUUAUAUCUUGGGAGGAAUUUGGUACUUAUAUUGUGAUCUCAUCGGAGAAACAGCGACGAUAAUGGCUGCAGAUUUUGAAUUAGCACUGAAAAAUAUAGGGCCUGCCAGUCAUGUUGCGAAUUAUAGCAAAAUAACAAGGGAUGUCGGCAACGCGUUCGGUUGCUCGAUGACUUUUCUUUGCCUCUACCUUUUUAUUAUCAUUACUCUGACCAUAUACGGCCUUUUAUCGCAAAUUCAGGGAGGAUUUGGCAUCAAAGAUAUUGGUCUGGCGAUUACGGCUCUUUUUGCUGGAGCUAUGCUAUUUUUUAUUAGCAACGAGGCACAUUAUGCUUCAAAUUUCUGA